AUGUUUUCACUUUCAGGGAAGAGUUGGCCUGAUGGAUCAUGGCCGCCCUGCAAACUCGGGAUCAAAGUGUUGUCAGUUACGGGCUGCCUCUUGUGGCAAACCGGAGUAUCAUGCAAGUCAGUCGCGAUGAAGACAAAUUUUGGCUAUAAAUGGUCGUGCCUUUGA